CCAGAUAAGGAAUUAAAAUAAUUUUUAUAUUUAAGACAGAAAAAAAAAUUUUAAAAUCCAAAACAAACUUCUCGGCCAAUAUAGCAGAAGCUUCGAGCGCGGUGAGAAAAUUAUGAGCAGUAAACGAUCGAUUGGCCAACGCCAAGACUCGCAAAAUUACAGAGAUUCCAAUCAUUCAAAAAUUCCUUGCAACACAUUUGGAACUCCGAACCCCGAGCUUAAUCCCGGACCAUACGAAGUGAUCCGUCAGCGUAACUGCAAGACAGGAAAAUUCGUCCAAUGGGAGCAGUAUCCAAACAUAAAGCCACCUGUUUCCAAGUGCAGUUACGAUCAGACUAAGUCUUGGCUUUAUGAUGCGGUGGAUCGUGAAGGCUGUCUGGAACCCAGCAACACGGAGCAGGAUGCUCUAAAGAUCUGGAAAAUGAGCCCGCACAAGAACACUCUUAACUAUUAUGGCGUGGUCGAUGGACUACGCCGGCCGGAGGAUAUUAAGUUUAACAGGACCGUGACAGCCAGCCUAAGAUACGCCAGUGGCUUUACGAGGAGGAAAGCCUCUAGUCGACCAGUUCCACCACAGACACAGAAACCACCACAACCCGCUCCCGUAUGUCGGCCUUACGUCCUCAAUCGGCAGGCUCUGCAGGCCGAGCUCCAACGGAUGCCCAUUGCUAGACAAAAACUAAGUCCCAAUGAGGCUUUUAGUACGCUAUUUUGCGAAAAGCUCCCGGAUCCCAAGGAUCCUUUAGGAGUGGAUGGGGCCACUCGAAAGAUUAGCUUCAGAGAAGUCCUCAAUAUGGAGAGACCCGUGAAGGAAACCCCAAAACCAAAGCACUGGUACUGUCCCGCAAAAUGUGGUGAGCCGGAGAACAAGUGCACGACAUUCGAGUGGGCUAAGUACAAGCUGGACCCCCGACCCAACGAUGCGGCGUUCCAAGAGUGGUACGUCAACCAGAAGCUGCCUCCACAGAACGAGCCGCACGACUACGAUGAGCUGUACAACCGAUUCCAAGCUUGUUUCGAAGUGAAGCCCGAACCAGAUCCUGAAUGUGUAGCCAUGGCAAAGUGCUGUCCGGAUAUGUUGAAGGAAACGAACGAUGGGACUGGUGGAGGAGGAGCGACUGGCGGGGGUGGCGGAGGAGAAGGAGGUCAGGGCGAUCGAGGAGGUGAUGGUUUCAAUCGCCCAGGAACUGACAAGGAUGAAGGUGGGCCAAGUGGGGUUGGCGAUAAUGAAGAUUCAGAAAAGGAUACGGGCAAGGGCACGGACACCGGUAAAGGUGACGGUAAGGACAAGGGUAAAGGAAAGGACAAAGACGACGAUGCAGAUAAACGGAAGGAGAAAGACAAAGAUAAGGAUAAGGAUAAGGACAAGGAAAAGGAUAAGGAUAAGGAUAAGGAUAAGGAUAAGGAAAAGGAUAAGGAAAAGGAUAAGGAUAAGGAUAAGGAUAAGGAUAAGGAUAAAGAUAAGGACAAGGAAAAAGAUAAGGCCGAUAAGGGUAAGGAUAAGAAUAAAGGAAAGGAUAAGGUCACAGACUGGGACAAAAAGAGAGAUCUGAAAGAUUUCGAAAACGACAAGCUCAAGCCUCCGGAAAAGCCUAAGGAACAACCUGUAGAAAGCACCACAGAUAUUUCCACUCGAAAUAUGUCCUCUGUGGACACCAGGGACUCAGGCCAUGACCAAUCAGACAGGCCAAAGGUCGGGGGUCCAACAGGACCACAACCAGUCGGGGGUGGAUCGAAGCCGGGCAAAAAACCAUCAAAGAAGAAACAUAAAAAGAAGGGAGAGCAUCCGAAAGGCGACAAGGGAAAAGGAAAAAAGGAUGGAGAAGCUGAGGGGUCUUUUCCUCCGUGUCCUCCGUGUCCUCCAGUGGGGUGUGGAUGUUCCAUUUGCGACUGUCUGUAUGGCAAACAGCUUCCCAUUUCUCCGGCCAUGAAAUCGGCGUUCGCCCAAGAUAAGAUUCGCCAAUCGAGAGACUAUCUUCAACGGAUGCGUCACCGCCAGUACAUGGAAUGCAAGGGCGAGCAGCCUAAGGCCCCCCAGCACAAGGUGGAUGCCAUCAGCUGCGAUGACUGCUUUUGUCGAAAUCCCAAGAUAUCCGAGUACUGUGAGUGCUUGGGCGCCCUGCAACAUCUUCAGCAGCUUCUUGGCAAGAAGCGCCAUCCGAUCGUGAACAACGAACUGCUCUUCAACCUCGACGAUCUCCGGCAAAGAAUCGCCCAGCGAAUGUGCGAGUGUAUCUGAGAAAUGUGUUUUGGUCCCAUUUUAUUGGCUUGUAUCUUACAUUCACGUCUUAGUGUUUUUCAAAAUUGGACAAUUGAAAAAUAUAAUCAAAUUUAUAAUUAUUAUUAAUGUCUGUCUUCGAUGUGAUUAAAAAAAAUAGUUUUCA